AAUAUCUUUACUUUGUCGCUUUUGAUCAAUUUGAUAAAUGUUUGUUGAAUACAUUUUUUUUAUGUCAUAUAUAAUAUAUGUAUAAAUAAAAUAACAUGUAUAAAUAUUAUAAUAUAAUACAGAUAUACCUACCUAUCUAUCUUUCUCUCUAUCUUUCUCUCUCUCUCUCUCUCUCUCUCUCUAUACCAUUAACCAUCUAUGUUUUCACCAAAAUCUGUGGUCUCUAGACAUCAGCAUCAGCCAUUUAAAUAAACCCUUAAGGGUCAACAACUGUUGCAGAUGUUACUAUGCUAACUAGGUUUUCACUCAUUAGAGAACUGUGGUCACAAGGAAACCAAAUUUAAUAUCGGACUAAUCGGAUGAAGUGGGCUGCCUGGAGGGGAGAUCAGCUAAUUUCAUGGAUUAUACAGAGACAGAAUAUGAAGAGCCUGGCUCUUAUCCUUUUUCCCAUUGCCAUGUUCAGUUUAAAAUGGGAAGCGUCAUCCCCCGUUUCCCAGAAUCCCUUGGAUUGAGCUCGUUGUUCAUGAGAAAAGACAAAUGGAGAAGAACAGAAGUAGUGAGGGAGGGAGGGAGUGAGCGAGGAGAAGAGGACACGAGCUGUGCCAGCCUCAGAGUGCCACCACGAAGAGGGAGAGAGAGUGAGUAACACAAAUCUAAAAAUGAAAUGAAUGAAAGAAGGAAAAACUGGGCUCAGAAAACUGCAAAUCAGGAAGAAGAGAACACACGGAGGAGGAAGCUCUGUCCAACUGGACCUGAUGAGAGAUUAGACGUGAUAACCACGAAGAAAGAGAGGGCGGGAGAGAGAGCGACAGAGGGAUAAGCACUCUGUGUGGCAUUAGGAGUGUAAGCUCUGCCUGGUAUUUAUAGUUCAGAGGGCCGCAGGAGGAGAGAGCAGCCGAAAAACGGUGUCUUCAAAAAAUCAGAUGAGAAACUGGGAAACGGAAGUAGAGAGUUCAUUCAAAAUCUGCUGGAGGAAAAGACAAAGAUGGUAUAAGUGGAAGGAGCACUAAUGGAAAUCACCUGCGUUCUAUCCCUUCAGGAAGGAAGAAUGAGAAAAGCUGGCAACAUUUGUGAUGGACCGGUUGCGCAUUGUACUCUCAAAGGAUAAUCAGGGUCUUUCCUACGUGCCUCCAGCAUCAUUGCAGGGAUUUACAGACCUGUUUAAAUGGGACACCGUGGGAUCAAAUGUCAGAUCACUUCUGCCUGCCGAUUGGCUGUGGCUCUCUGUUUGGUCGCAGCUUUAUGAGAUCAUGCAAGCAUCGUGGUGGUUACUGCACUGCCUGUUUUGCUGACUCACAUGUCUGUGAUCACCCCGUUUCUGCAAUUGGUGAUCAUGUGAGAUUGAACUAGGGAUGCACAUUUAAUUGUAUUCUCAUUGUGAUCACGAUUUAUGUUUCUCUCGAUUAUUCAAGCAUAAUCGUCUAUGAUGUUUGUGCUAUAUCCAAACAUGAAUCGUGACUACAUUGUUUGCAUUGGGGUUGCUAAAUAAAUGCACUUAAUCUAUGCAAUUACUGAGCUACCAUACAAAGUCAUGACAUAAUUUGGAAUUAUUGUAAAUAAUCGAUAUUUCACUGUUUUGGCUUUUGAAGCUUCUUACUAAUUUUAAUAUUGCGCUUGAGUUGACGUUUUCUUUAUUUGUGCUUCAUGAUUCUAAUGAAAUUUAAGAAGAAACUAUUUAUAUGAUUAUAAUUUUUCAUGAUUAUUACUUCAACUGUUACCAUGCAGUCCCCAGGAUUUUCUCCCUCCUACAUUCACUCUCAUUUUCACUUUCACUUUCAUUCUCUCCUCAAUUCUGUUAUAUAUACUUGUAGAGCUCUGCAGAGGAAAUGAUCAUGUAACAUCUCAUCAUUCACUUGUUUAUUGCUCAACUGGACCGUGUUAUCCUGCAUCACAAGCCUUUUUAUGAUAUGAACUUGCAUUGUUGUCGUGGCCUAGUUCCCUCCAGAUGUUUUGCAGUUUAAAGGUAAGGGACGGUUGAACUUGUGACAACAGAGACUAUUCCGAUGACAUCAUCCUGCGGGGACGCUCGCUCAUCUCACCAUGCUGUUAUGGAGUUCAUAACAACAGUUCAGAGACGCAUGAUAAUCUCUCAUUUGUAGGCUUGCUAAAGAGACUCUUGAAGAUGGAUUGCUGCACAAAAGGUUCUUCAUUCAAUCACAGGAAACUGAGCAGCCACAGAUUGUGAGAGGUGGAAAGGACAGCGUUUACGACACAUCUCUCCUCUGAGAGAGUGAGAGUGGCAGUGGUUUGAGGGAGGAGGGGAACGUCACUCCUUAUUAGUAGUGAAGGAGGAGCUCUUGUAGUGUUUGACAUGCACGUGUGAGCCAAGCUGCAUGUUUGAGCUGAGCUUUGAUAUGGCAAGCAAAUAUGAAGACCGGCGAACGAAGAGGUAGAACGUGGGAGCUUUAGACAGAAAAGGAGUAAGUGAAAAUUUCUAAGCCUUUUUUCCUCGAGUGUGGACUUGAGAGAUUUCUGAUUCCUGCCAGAGUGCGUUUGGACUAAAGGUGCGAAACGCCACACUCUGAGACAUGACAGGAAGACGAAAGUGAAGGUAGAUCGUUCUGGAAGCCAAAAGGAAUAAGUCACCAGCAGAAUGUGGCCUGAAUAUUGCACCGAACGGAGCCUGAAUGCUCAUCUGCACGCGCUCAUGUGCUGCGCAGAUGAGCGAGACAGGGUGCAGAAGAAAACUUUCACAAAAUGGGUCAACAAACAUCUCAUAAAGGUGCGGAAGCACAUCACAGACCUGUAUGAGGAUCUAAGGGAUGGGCAUAACCUAAUUUCCCUGCUUGAGGUGCUGUCUGGCGUCACAUUGCACAAGGGUGCAUCGACUCUGCGGAGAACGUCUGUGUCACGCGCACCCCCACUCAUCCUGCUGGGUGGGGAGGAUGAGGAGGAUGGAGCUCAGGGACCCAGGGAAAAGGGUCGCAUGCGAUUUCACCGACUCCAGAAUGUGCAGAUCGCCUUGGACUUCCUUAAGCAGAGACAGGUUAAAUUAGUGAAUAUACGCAAUGAUGACAUCACAGAUGGGAACCCAAAGCUGACACUGGGACUGAUCUGGACCAUCAUCCUUCACUUCCAGAUUUCUGAGAUCUAUGUGAGUGGUGAGUCAGGUGACCUCACAGCGAAAGAGAAGCUGCUAAUAUGGAGUCAACAGGCCACAGAGGGCUACCCCGGUCUCCGUUGUACCAAUUUCUCCUCCAGCUGGAGCGAUGGACGCUUGUUCAACGCUCUUCUGCACAGAUACAGGCCGGACCUGAUUGACAUGGAAGUGGUUGCGCAACAGAGUAACCGUGAGAACCUGGAACAGGCCUUUGAGAUUGCAGAGUCGUUAGGUGUAACACGACUUCUAGAUGCUGAAGAUGUUGAUGUGCCGUCGCCAGAUGAGAAAUCUGUCAUCACGUACGUCUCCUCCAUCUACGAUGCUUUCCCCAAGAUCCCAGAGGGUGGAGAAGGCAUUGCAGCUAAUGAGGUUGACCAGCGAUGGACAGAGUACCAAUCUGGCUUCUCUUCUCUGCUGCAGUGGACCAGGCAACACACGGCCCUCAUGGCCAACAGGAGCUUCCCCCACAAUCCUGUGGAACUCAAGGCACUUUACAAUGAAUAUGUCCACUUCAAAGAAACAGAAAUCCCUGCGAAGGAGAGAGAGAAGAGCCACAUUGAGCACCUUUACAAGCUUCUGGAGGCGUGGUUAGAAUUCGGCCGCGUUAAGCUGCCUCAAGGGCUACACCCUAAUGAUCUGGAGGAGGAAUGGGGAAAACUGAUCCUGGAGAUGUUGGAGAGAGAGAAAGCACUGAGGCCUGCUGUGGAGAGGUUGGAGCUGCUCCUACAGAAGGCUAAUAAGAUCCAGAACAUGGCACUAGAUUGUGAGGAGAAACUCACGUUGGCAAAGAACACUUUGCAGGCUGACAUGUCUCAGCUAGAGAAUGGGCAGCCGGUACGGUGUGAGAAUGAAUUGGGGAUGUAUCUGCAGGACUGUGAGGCUUUAGUCAGACAGCUUCAUCUUGACCUGCAGGUCCUCAGAGAUGAGAAGUACUAUCAAGUGGAGCAGCUGGCAUUCAGGGUGUCAUGUCUGCAGGAGGAGCUGGUCUCUUUGCGCCUGCAGUGUGCCAGUGUGUACAGGAAGGGCCAUUUCUCCACAGGGGGUCUGCUGGGAGAGCAUGUGGGUCAGAAGGGUUCCUCAGGGGGUCUGGCUACACUGGGAGCACAGACGCUUCUGGGUGCAGUGGGUGCUGCGGCGUCCCUGCUCAGACGGCCGAUGUCUCGUGCAGACCUGGUAGCCAUGUCUUCAUCUGAGGAUGAAGGCAGUCUGCGCUUCAUCUACGAGUUGCUGGGGUGGGUGGAAGAGACGCAGGAUCUGCUGGAGCGAGCCGAGUGGGGUUCUGAUCUGCCGUCUGUAGAACAGCACCUGCAAGACCACCACAUCAUUCACACAGCAGUGGAAGAUCUUCUGAAUAGCCUCAAAGAGGCUCGAAACUAUGAGUCAAGGGUCUCGCCUAAUUUACGUAGCAGUUACUCUGAGACUCUAUCCAAGCUGGAGAACCAGUAUUGCAAACUGCUGGAAAAUUCGUCAUGGCGACUGCGUUGCCUAGAGAGCCUUCGAGCUUUUGUGUCCCACUGCACUGAGGAGCUGAUCUGGCUCAAUGAGAGGGAGGAGGAGGAGCUGGCCUUCGACUGGAGCGACAGCAACACCAACAUGGCUGCCAAAAGAGAGCAGUAUGCUGACACGAGGACAGAGCUGGAGGAAAAACAGGAAGUGAUGCGCUCUCUCCAGGAGACAGCUGAUCGCCUGUGUCAAGAGAACCACCCAGCCAAACAAACAGUGGAGGCCUACAGUGCUGCCCUGCAGACACAGUGGCAGUGGAUCAAAGAGCUCUGCAUAUGUGUGGAGCAGCAUCUCAAGGACAACACUGCCUACUUCCAGUUUGCGAGUGAUGCACGGGACUGUGAAAGCUAUCUACGUCAACUACAAGACACCAUUAAGAGACAAUACACCUGUGAUAAAAACAGUAGACUCGGUAGACUGGAAGACCUGCUGCAGGACUCCAUGGAGGAGAAAGAACAAUUGAUUGAAUACCGCAGCACAGUGGCCAGCCUUGUAGGCCGAGCCAAGUCUGUAGUCCAGCUCCGUCCACGCAGUGCAGAUAGUAACCUGGGCACCACCACGCCAAUUCGUGCCAUCUGUGACUACCGACAAAUAGAGAUCACGAUCAGCAAAGGAGAGGAGUGUGUACUGGAGGAUAACUCUCAGAGGACUAAGUGGAAGGUCAUCAGUCCUACAGGAAAUGAGGCCAUGGUGCCAUCUGUGUGUUUCACCAUUCCUCCCCCUAAUCAGGAGGCCAUCGACACUGCCAGCAGAAUGGAGCAGAUGUACCAGAAUGUCAUGUCUCUAUGGCACCAGCUGCAUGUUAACAUGAAGAGCGUGGUCUCCUGGCACUACCUGCAAAAAGACAUACGAAAUAUUGCCUCCUGGAGUCUGGACACAAUGCGCAUACAGGCUCCAGCAGAGAGGCAGCAGGCUUUAGACAACCUUGACGCCCACUUGUCCGACUUCCUUACAGACAGUCGCGAGACCUCCCUUUUCACGCCAACUGAACGGCGUGAGCUAGAGACAGAAGCUGAGAACUGCCGUGAACAUUGCCAAACACUGCUGGUCUCUUUGGAGACAGUGGAGAAGGACGAGUUGGCUUCUCGUGCUUACCUCUCCGAGCUGCAGAGCAUCAAGUCCCAUCUGGAGGAUGCAGAGAGCAGACUGAUACGUGGCAUGCAGACUCCACACCCCAGCACAAUAUCAGUAGACGUCGCAGACAAUGCAGUUCACAUAGCAGAGCAAGAGAAGCUGCAGCAUGAUCUGAAAGGUAUUCAGUCAGAUUUGGGUGAGGUGUCUCGUCGCUGCGUGAGCUUCUUUGAGGAGAAACCUACCUCUUCCAGUGUGCCUGUCCUACGCUCUGAGCUUAACCUGGCCGUGGAGCACAUAGAGAAACUCAACUCCCUCUCCUCUGUUUAUCUGCAAAAAUUGAAGACGGUUGAUGUGUUGAUGAGAAGCCUGCAGGCUGCAGAAAGUCAAGUGAAAAAGUAUGAGAGUCGACUAAGUGAAGAGGAUAUUGUCCCCGCUGAUACUGCUGCAAUCCAGGCCUUGGGAGAGCAGUUAAAGAAAUGGCAUUCAGAGCUGGAGGAGCAGGAUCACAUAUUCAAGAGUCUGAGUUUAGAAGUCCAACAGGCUAGAGAGGUCGGAAACCAGCUCAACCAACUGCACCCUGACCGCAGCCCUGAACUGGACCGCUACCAGGAGAAAGCACAACAGCUCACAGAGAGGUGGAGCGGAGUGUGCAGGCAAAUGGAGACACGGCAAGUGGAUCUGGAGAUGCUGGGUUCGGUGCUGCAGCAGUACAGAGAAGGCCACACCUCUCUCAUCCGCUGGAUAGAGGAGACCACUGAAAAACAGGAGAACACGCAACCCGAGCAGACGGACAGCAGAGCUUUGUCAGAGCAACUCGCACAGCAGACGGCCUUGGUGGCUGAGAUAGAACAGAACCAGGUCAAACUGGAUGAAUGCCAGACAUACUCUAAACAGUACUGCGCUGCUGUUAAGGAUUAUGAACUCCAGCUUAUGACAUUCAGAGCUUUUGUUGAAUCAACCCAAAAGUCUCCUGUGAAAAGAAGGAGGAUGCACUCUUCAUCAGAUGUCAUCACACAGGAGUUUAUGGAUUUACGCACACGAUACACAGCUCUGGUUACACUGACAACGCAACAUGUCAAGUAUAUUAGUGAUGCACUACGGCGACUAGAGGAGGAAGAGAAAGAGGUGGAAGAGGAGAGGCAGGCACGAGUGGGCCAGGUCACAGAGCUGCUCGGUUGGGUCAAGGGCCUACAGGGGCGUGCUGGCAGAUCUGCCGAACCAUCACUUGCUGCACAGCAGGCUAUUAGUGAGCAGUUAGCAGCUAAAAAAGAGGAAGUUGCUGAAGCUAUCAGGAGCACCCAAGUCUUCCUGAUGUCAAAACAGGCCAGCAAGCUGUCUCCUGAAGAGCGCGCCCAGGUGGUCUCCCAGCUGGAUGAGCUGACGGCCACCUACACUCAACUGUGUGACAGUUCUGCCGCACAGUUGCAACAACUGGAGGAGCAGCUGGCCAAAGAGGAGAAGCGCAAGGGCCCAGAAAUCAUCGCUGGAGUAAUUGACCUUGGCACCAUGGAAACUUUUCCAGUUUUCCAGGCAGCACAGCGUGGCCUCAUAGACCAAGACACCUGUCAUGUACUGUUGGAGGCACAGGUCGUCAUGGGUGGUCUAUUCCAGCCUGACUCCCCUGAUAAACUGUCAUUAGAUAAGAGUCUUUCCAGUGGUUUGAUUGAUAAACAUGCCUACCAAUUACUGGAAGAGUUAGAGACUGCCCUUGGUCUUGUCAACACAGUAAAAUUUGCAGAGGGUCAGGAAUUACCUGUAGCCACUGCUAUGAAAGAAGGUGCCAUAAAGGAGCUGGUGGGGCUCCGUAUACUUGAGCUGCAGAUAAGCACUGGUAGCCUGAAGUUUGGUUCCAAUGGAGAAAUGGUCAGCCUAGGUAAUGCAAGGGAAAAGGGAUUGUUAUCUCCUGAUCUUUGUCAAAAGCUGCAAUCCUGUCUUCACCGGCGAGAACUUAUUGAUCCAAAUACAGCAGAAAAACUAAGUCUGAUUGACUUUCAACAGCGAUGUGUUCUCAAUCAGGAGACAGGUCUGCGCUGCUUUCCAGUUAAACAGAAGCCAGGAGGAACUGUCUGCUUAUGCUCUGGCAGAAAGGUGGGAAUAUUCCGAGCUGUUCAAGAGGGGCUUAUCGACCGGCAUGUCACAGUUCGACUUCUGGAGGCUCAGUUAUUUGCUGGAGGUAUCACAGACCCCCGCUCAGGACACAGAUCGACUGUUAAUGAAGCUGUCCGGCAUGGCCUGAUGGAUCAGGACUUGGCCUGCACCCUCAUGACACGACAGCUACAAACAGGAGGAAUAAUAGAUCCAGUCAGUGGGGAGCGUCUAGAGUUGGAUGAGGCCAUAAAACGAGACCUUCUCUCUCCUCGCAUAGCCUUGCGUGUACUGGAAUCUCUCCAGUCCUUCAUGGCAAUAAUGUGGCCAGAAUCAGGCGAGCUGCUUCCUGUAAGUGAGGCACUUCAGCAGGGUGUUGUCAAUAGAGAUCUUGCUGCAAAAGCCCUGAGAAAACGUCAUUCUGUUGGUGCAGUAUAUCUGCCUGAGAGUGGACAGGUGGUCCCUCUCCAUCAAGCUGAGAAGAUACUUAAGCCACAGGCAGUGGAGAUCCUAAAACACAUUCAGGUUCCAGAUGUCCUUCCCCAUGUGUCUCCGUCAAGUUCCUCAUAUAUGAAGCGAUUGAGUUCUGGAUCUGCCUACUCUUCAUCACCCCCUGCCUCACAUGCAGAUAUCAAUUAUGACUUUUCCAUCACAGAGGAAGGCAGGUCAGAAGAGCAUGUUCAAAACCACCUUCUCACUCAAGUGAUGACACACAGCUACAUUAAUGCUCACUCUGGAGAACGCCUAGUCCUACUAGAACCAGAAUUGGUAGAACUAAUAUGUAGAAAUGUCAAAACCGCAAACAUUGCCAGUCCAGUUCAACUCAAAAUUUCUGACAACGUUAGAGUUGUACUGGACAGCAAAGCUAUGAGUGGGAUUGAAGAGGAAAAAAAUGAAGAACUCAAAAUUUCACAACAUGUUGUUGCUUGCAGGGACUCUUAUAUGGAAGAGACUGUAGAAAUGGCAGGGGAAGAUCUUGCACCCUUGAUGGUCACCAACAGAACCUUUAAAGAGCCUUUGCAUAAAGUAGUUUUGCAAGAGAAAGUUCUAUCAUCAGAAGAGUAUGAACAACCCAAGAUAAAAGGUAAAAUUGCCAGCAAGAUAACUGAUAUAGGAGAGGCAGUAGAAAGAACAGAAGAUCUAGCACCAUUGACAGAAACAAACAUCACAGAGCUUUCAAAUGAAGAGAUUCAACAAGAAAAUGUUUUGUCAUCAAGAGACUAUGUAGAACCUAAGAUUAAAAAAGAUGACACUGACAGCAGAAAUACUGACAUGGGUAGGACUAUAGAAGGAGCGGGGGAAGAUCUUGCAUGCUUGACAGGCACUGACCGAACAUUUAUAGACCCUUCACAUGCAGAGUUUUGGCAAGAGAAAGUUCUAUCAUCAAGAGAAUGUGAAGAACCCAAGAUUAAAAAAGAUGAAAUUGAGAGCAAUAACACUAAUGUGGGUGAGAGUAUCGAACUGGAAGAGAAAGAUGUUCCACACUCGGCAAGUAAAGACAGACCCUUUAUAGUGCCUUCACAUAAAGAGAACUCGCAGGAGAAAGUUCCGUCACCAGGAGGACAUGAAAAACCCAAGUUCUUAAAAGGUAAAAUUGCCUGGAGUUACACUGAUAUAGGUGAGACAGUAGAAAGAGCAGAGGAAGAUCUUGCACCCUUGACAGGCACAGAAGGAACUUUCAUAGAGCCCUCACAUGCAGUUUGGCAAGAGAAUGUUCUGUCAUCAGGAGAAUGUGAUGAAUCUACUAUUUUAAAAGGUAAAAUUGCCUGGACAAACACAGAUAUAGGUGAGACCGUAGAAAGAGCAGAGGAAGAUCUUGCACCCUUGACAGGCGCAGCUCGAGCUUUUAUAGUGCCUUUGCAUAAAGAGAACUUACAAGAGAAAGUUCUAUCAUCAGGACAAUACAAAGAAUCCAAGAUUAAAAAAGAUGAAACCUCCAGAAAGAAGACUAACAUAGGUGAGACGAAAGAAAGACCAGAGGAAGAUGUUUCAGCUUUAACAGGCUCAGAAAUAACCUACAUUGAGAGUACACAUGAAGCUGUUCUGUCAUCAGGAGAAUAUGAAGAACCCAUUAUUAUAAAAGGUGGAAUUACCUACAAGAUCACUGGUAUGGGUGAGAUGAUAGAAAGAGCAGAAGAUGAUCCUGCACCCUUGACAGGUGCAGCUAGAGCUUUUAUAGAGCCAUUAAAUAAAGACAAUUUACAAGAGAAAGUGCUUUCAUCAGGACAACCCAAGAUUAAAAAAGAUGAAACUGUCAGCAAGAAGACUAACAUAGGUGAGACAAUAGAAAGACCAGAGGAAGAUGUUGCAGCAGCUUUAACAGGCUCAGAAAUAAUCUUUAUAGAGCCUACACAUGAAGUUGUUUGGCAAGAGAAAGUUCUGUCGUCAGGAAAAAAUGAAGAACCUAUGAUUAUGAAAGGUAAAAUUGCCUGGACAAACACUGGUAUGGGUGAGAUGAUAGAAAGAACAGAGGGAGCUUUUGCACCCUUAACAGGCACAGAAGGAACUUUUAUGGAGCCUUCACGUGAGGUUUGGCAAGAGAACAUUUUGUCAGGAGAAUGUGAUGAAUCUGAGAUUAAAAAAGAUGAAAUUGACAGGAAGAACACUGAAAUGGGUGAGACUAAAGUAAGAGCAGAGGAAGAGCUUCUGCUCUUGACAGUCUCAGAAAGAACCUUUAUGGAAACUUCAAAAGAAGAGUACUGGCAAAAGAAUGUUCUGUCAUCGGGACAAUAUGAAGAACCCAAGAUUAAUAUAAGUAAAAUUGCCAGCGAGAAGACUGAUAUGGGUGAGACUAUAGAAAGGACAGAGGGGUAUCUUGCACCCUCAACAGGGAUAGGCCUAAACUUGACAGUGCCUUUUCAUACAAGCUCAACCCUACCAAAGACUAUAUCAGAUAAUGGGGCACCCUCUCAAAGUCAAAUUAGAGAUUCAACACUAAAUGAAUCUAAAAAUAAGCAAACACUUGACCUGGCACAGGCAGAUAAUAGUGGUGUAUUUCUGAAGAUAACAGAACAAAAAAUGUUUGACACGGGUGAAAGCAGUGCAUGUACUUCACAUCAAGAUACUGUAAAUGUAAGACAAUAUGAUCAGCUAAAUGUCAAUCCAGAUGAAGCCAAGACAGCAGAGCAGUCAGAUGAACUGAAGAAAAUCGUUGAACACAAGGAAAAUAAAAGUAUAUUUGAACAACCUGGUAAAGAUAGGAAAUUAUACCCUUCAGAAAUUAAGACUUUGUCAGUGGAACUAAGUGAUGAUGAUGUGAAGCUUGAGAGUAUGGCUUUGGAACUGCAACAAGGGGGUCUUGUAACUGUAGGUGGCCAAAAAGUUCUUCUGAAUGACGCUGUGGCACAGGGUUUACUUCCAGGGCACACUGCCAUUAAGCUUAUGGAAAAAGCUGGUCUCUUUGGUGGUUUUCUGGAUAUUAAUGCCUGUAAGUCACUUAGGGUUGAGGAUGUGAUGCAAGAAGGCCUGUUGGAUGAGGACUUGAUGGCCUGUGUGCUUCAUUCAGAAAAGAUUUUAGCUGGUGUGAUUGAUGUGGAGCAUGGUCGGCACUGCUCAAUAAAAGAUGCUGCUGAGGCAGGCCUGUUGGACUCCGAUACGGCUGCUCGUCUCCUUGAAGCCCAGGUUGUGUCAGGGGGAAUAGUUGAUCUGCGAAGAGACAAGAAGGUAUCAGUUACCCUUGCAGCCAACCUUGGGUUGAUUGAAGAGUGUAGGAAGGAGAAGCUUCUUGCACUGGAAAAGUCAUGCCGGGGAAAAUGUUCAGAUCCAAAUGCAGUGCAAACCAAGUUGACGCUACAGUUACAAAUGAAAGGAGUGGUUGACCCAAAAACCAAAAAGGUUGUCCCACUGCAACAAGCCCUUCAAACUGGCUUAAUUGGACAGGAUGAGGCUCAGACAAUUUUAUGUCAGCAGGUUGCAGAAGGUGGCAUUGUGCAUCCUGGCUCUGGUGUUCGCCUUGCUGUUGUGGAUGCUCUACAAAUGGGUCUCAUAGAUCACACAGUUGCUCCAAAGUUGAUGGAACUUGAAAAGGCAUUCAAAGGCCAAGAACCAAGUAGUUUGGAUCAAAACACUUCACUUCUUCAGGCCUUUACUGGUUCUAUUUAUGAUGAUGCAUCAAAAAACAGGAUUACUCUGAGUGAGGCUGUUUCUAAAGGCCUCCUAGAUGAAGAAACAGCAAAUAAAGCUAUGGAUUCAUCCAACGUGAAAAGUGGAUUGUUGGAUCCUCAUGAAGCUUGUAUUGUGUCCUACUCUGAGCUGAUAAACCAGGGUAAAAUUGACAUUGAGACACGACAGAGAUUCCUUGAAGUGAGACCUUUCAGGGGUGUUCCGCAUAAACAAACUGAUGAAAUGAUGACCUUACCACAGGCAAUUAAGGCAGGCCAAAUAGAUCCCAUACCAGCAGUGAGAGUAUUGCAGAAUCAAGCAGAUACAGGGGGUAUCAUUAACAUUUACAGUGGAGAGCGUUUGCCUCUUCCAGAGGCUAUAAAUAAAGGCUUGGUUGAUAAAGACAUGGCUAAAUGUAUUGCUACAAAUCAACUCUCUAAAGGGGGGUUGCUCAAUCCAGCCAGUGGACAGAAGGUCUCCAGCAUUACUGAGGCAAUUGAAUAUGGGCUUAUUUCUACUGAAAUGGCUGCAGAACUUCAACACAGCAUGGGCCUUGUAGAUGAAGAUGUGAAGAAAAGUUCCAAAAUAUCAGCCUCCUCAAUGAAAGGAACAUCUAGUUAUUUUGUACCUGAGAUGUUAUCUGAGCGUGUCAGUCCUAAUAAAAUGUCACUUGAGAAAAGUCUAUUGAGUAUAGCAUCACCACCAUCAUAUCUUACAGAGGCUGAAAUAAAAGAUGCAGAUCUUCUGAAAAAAGAGGAGCUUGAAUCUUUUGACGUCCUUCCUGAUUUAGAAAGUAAGGAACAAUUGGUUGAUGCCGUGAUGCAGGACAUCAAUGAUACCUCAUUGGGGGCUCUGACAGAAUUUACCUUGAAAGCAGAAAAAAGACUUCAGCAGGCCAUUAAAGAGAUAAAGCCCACAGAAAGCGAACAUAUCAAAUCACAGCCAAUCCAAAGCCCUGAGCAACCUGAAGAGAUGUCUGAUUUCAAAUGGCAAAAGGUGGAAGUUAAGAACUUAACAGCUUUACUUGACCACACCACAGAGAUGGAAAUCCAGAGACAGACAGUCAAUGUAUCUGCAGUUACUACUGCCAUUUUAUCAGAAAGUAGUGAUAAUGGCAAAGAACAAGUUCCAUCUACCGAGCAAACAAAAAGAGAGACAGAGAUCCGAAGGCAGACAGUAAGUGAACCUGCAAUCUCUGAAGUCAGUUUCUCAGAUGCCGAUGAUGGCUUGCAAAACAAGGAACAAACCCCAUCUAUAGAGCAAAUAGAGGGGCAUAGUUUCAAGUUAGAAGCAGAUGAGUCCGUGUCCAAACCAGAGAAAAUCAAGGACAGCCAAGAGACUGGAUUGGAUCAUUAUGCUUCUACAACCACAAGGCCAGUUACGGUAUCAGGAAAGAAGAAAGGGAGAGGAAAAAAUGGCAAGCAAGCUAAAACAGAAAGUGGUGUAAAGCUACAAGUUUCAGAAACUUCAGCCAGAAUUUCACCUAUAGAUAAAGCAGAGGUUGAUGGACAAGAUGGCUUUACCACUGGUCAAAAGCGUAUUUUGAAAGACGACAAAGAAAAGGUGGUUGAAGUACAGCAAUCAGAGACAACCCAUGGAAGUGGUAGCACUGCACCUGUGACAGGUAGUGAUGAGACUGUGAAAGGCAAAGAUUUGGAGAUAGGGGUGGAUAGAUCUAAGACCCCCAAAUAUGAGUCUGAUCAUGAAACCAAUGAAAAACAAAAAGAGAAGACUCAGCACAGUGUCACGACUUACAUGGCAAAAACAGACCAGAGUCAGGAAUCUGUUGUGGUCUCUAAGGACCUUGGCACUGAUGUAUCAGAAAAGAAGAGAAAGAAGAAAAGCAAAAGUAAAAAAGUUAAGCAAGUGUGUAUUGUUGAAACGGAAGGUGUAGAGAAAAGAGAUGAUGAGACUGAGAAAGAGCAAAAGACCGUGAUCCAUGAGGUCCAACCUCAAAGCAAUCAAUCAGAUGAGAAAGAAAGUAUGAAGCAACUUGAGAAAACCAAUCAGGAAAUGGCACAGAAGGAAAUACUUUUGAUGAAAGCUAAGGAAAGUAUUCUUAGGAAGGUGUUUGAGCGAGGAGUGAGUGAAAGACAAGCUGCUGAAGAAUUAGAAGCGAUGCGUCAAGUAGCUAGUAAUGGAGAAUACCGCAUUACCACCCAAGAGGAAACGAUUGUAGAGAAGACAAGCACUAAGCCUCCUCAAAGAAAGAAGAAAGACAACAAACUACACCAGACAGGGCAAGAAAUGAAUGAAAGGGUUGAAACGUCAGUGCCAGACAUUGCAGAGAAUCUUCUACCUGGGUCUGAUAUUGAUCCAUGCUCCUCAGCUAAAGCACAACUUCAAAAACCAGAAGAAGAUCAGCAUGACAAGCAUACAAACACGGGAUUAAGCGGAGAUGAUAUGAAUCAGAAUAUUCCAUCUAUGAAAACAUCUGAUGACAUUGUGGACAUAAACCAGAAAGAACUGGCUCUAACCCAGAAUUUAGAAGGGGAAACCAAAGAAAGAACAGCAGAAGAACAAAGCAUUGAGCCGUUAUAUACAGGUGAAAAGUUGAUAGACCCUAUGAUUGAAGUGACCUUGCCAUCAAGCACUGCAUUGACUGACAGCCAUGAAAUUACUAAAUCAAUACCCCUCAAAUGUGUCUUAGACAUCCCAGCAAUGAAGGACUCCAAAGCACUUCUAUCAAGUGAAGUGUGUUCUCCUUUACAAAAUACCAAAACAGCAGUGAAAGUGGUAAGCAGUGAAGUUCAUCAACAAAGAAUCGAGGAGCCUCCUUUCAGUGAUUAUGAAGCCACAGAUGAACCUUCUAUCCAAAAAUGUAAUGUUUCUGGUCUACCCCUUAUGGAGGUGACCCCAGAGUCUAAUACCAAACAGAAAGAAGAGGUGCAAGAAUAUGCAGUGGCUUUAGUGGAAAGGCAGCCUAGAGAAAUUCAAAUGAAUAUUGAACAAAUAAGCAAAGACACUACAAGAGCUAGCAAGUCCUCACUAGCUCGCCAAGAGUGCUUAGAACAUGACCAACAGAUUGUGGCCUUGCUUUCCAUGGUGAGACACAUCGAGGUCCGCCUAAAGCAGCAGCGGCAACAGUCCGUUGGUCGAAGUCUCUCCACACUUGAUGACAUAAUCAAACAGACAGAGAUGCUUUUUUUGGAAAUGAGUGACUUGGAACCAGAAGUGCACAAGGAGACUGAAGCAGCCACACAGUUGCUGGAAUCUCACCCUCAGGAUGUUCCACCUCAGCUGCUAAUAGCCCUGGAAAAAGAUGGGCGAAGCUUAGCUCGGGCUUACAGUGCAGCCAGGGAUCUUGCCCAGAAUACUUUGCAAGGGUUACUAGAACAACGUGAUGCACAAAACGAAGCUGUAAGCAGUCAGCUGAAAUCUUUACAAGAGCAAGUUGACAAACUUCUAAGCUGGCUCAAGGAGACUGAGAUGCAAAUGCAGGAAGAAACAGGGGUAGAUGGACAAACGGUGGCCGAGAUCACUCAUAAGCAACAGUUGUGCAAGAUGUUGCAGAACUCUCUCGCUGCCCGAUCCAAUGAAGUCAGCAAUGUAGCGUUCAAUAUUCAAGUGUUUAUCUCUGAGCAUGCUCAGGACCUGUUGCCUGAUCAGAGCAGGCAUCUCCUUGGACAACUGGAGCAGCUACAGAGGGUCUUUCACCAGGCUGUUGGUCUCAAUCAUGCCAGGGCAGAGGCACUAUCAGCCCAGCAGGCGAGAGAGAAUGAACGAAUGAGGAAAGAACAGAAAGAAAAAGAAGAGAAAAUGGAAAAAGAGAAACAAACUGCAAGGGAUAGAGAGGUUGUGCAGCAGCAGAAGGCAGAAUGCUCUCAAAAACUGGAGAAUCUCACAAUGUGGUUGGCUGGUGCUGCCAGCCUCCUGGCCAAUCAGAGAGUUGGAACGGAGUCAGAUGAUGUGCACGAGUUACAGCAGAAGCAAAAAGAGCUUAAGGAGGUGGAGAAGGACCUUCAGACCAAAAGUGACUUGUUGACUGAGACUAUCCGCUCAGUGGAGGAGUUCCUGUCUGAUCGGGGUGAUAGUUUGAGUCCUGAAGAAAGGGCCAAACUGCAGGGGACUCUUUCACAAAUGAAAGAGCAGCACAGCUCACUUACAAACUCAGUCCGCUCUUCACUAGCUAAAGUAGACACUGCCAUUGUCACAACAGUGCAGCAGAACACACAAAAAGCUAAAGCAGAAGAGCAGAUGCAGGAGACACAGGAAACAAUAGACACACUUCUCAGAGAAUUGUCAUCACUGGAUGACUCAAAGAGGAGGUCACUUGGCAACACGGUCACUGACACCCCAUCAUCUGGACCACCAGAGAAUGCUCUGAAUUCUCACAGUGACAUGCUUCAGACUGAGCUGCAACAGUUACAAGCUCAACAGGCUCACCUUCAGCAGGUGGCCCAGUCUGUCCGCUCUCUCCUAGAACAACCCGACUCCAGUGUGCCACCAGAGGAGAAACAACGCUUACGGGCAAAACUAGACCAGCUACAGAGUCAGCAUCAGGAGCGCCUUCAGAACUGUCAGGACAGGCUCAGACGGACAGAUGCCCUCAGAGAUGAGUUUGCCAAGUUUGUGCAGGAGCAUGGGAACCUGGGGACAUGGUUGGAACAGAGUGAACGAGAACUACAUACACUCGGGGAAGGGGAAGCUGAUGCAAAGGGCCUAAAAGACAGGAUAGAGGAGCACAAAAAGCUUGCAGAAGAUGUCAUCUGUCAUAAAGCUGAUCUACGCUUUGUGACAAUCUCUGGUCAGAAGGUUCUGGAUUCUAUCCAGGGGGCCUUGGAGAAGGUGGGUAAUACGGAUCCAGCUCUGGAGGAAACCAGACACCUAGCGAGUGUCAAGCUCCAAGAUGCCACACAGCGCUACAGUUCAUUACACAGCAAGUCCUCAGAACUUGGCACCCGUCUCUCGGGUCUCCUGGAGCGAUACCAACACUACCAAGAUGAGGCUGGUUCUUUAGGCUCCUGGCUGAGCACUCAGGAGCAAAAUCAGAGUGUGUUUAAACCCAGCGGAGAGCAAACGGACACUCAGACAUUGCAGCAUACUCUCAGUACUGUACAGCUGUUGCAGGAUGAGUUGGCAGAGCGUUCGGUACAGCUUGAGAAGGUCAAGAGGGCAGGAAAAGAGCUGGUCAGCACUCAGGAGUCCCCAACUCUUAAAAAUGCAGAUAUUAAUAAUCUUACAGAUGCUCUGGAGAAGCGCUUUGAAACCCUGUCUAGUUCGGUGUCAGUGAGAGCUGAACAGCUUCAAACAGCUGUAGCCCAAUCAGUCAACGUUCAGGAGGGACUUAAAGCACUGCUGGCAUGGUUAGAUGGACUACCUUUAUCACCUGGCGCAGUCCAGCCCACUGCUCAAGCGGUUCAGGAUGCCCUGACACAAAAUCAGAAAAUACGUCAGGAACUGCUUUCAAGGCAGGGCAGCGUGGAUGCAACCUUGGACUCUGUGUCCAAGCUUCUGAAGUCUGCGGAUGCAUCCACAGCGUCUAGCCUGCAGGGGGCACUACAGGACUUGAGUCAGCGCUACACAGCGGCCCAGGCCAAACAGACUGAAAGAGAGACCGAGCUGCGGGGACUUUUGCCCAAGUUGGAGAGCUUUGAGCGCCAGAGUGCAGACCUCUGCAGCUUUACACAGAGUCGAGAAAGGGCUCUCAGCCCAGUAGGCCAACCUGACUGCAGCGUGGAUGACUACAGACAGACCAUAGAGGAGGUGAGAUCAGAAAUUACCCAAGAGUCGAGUCAAUUAAAGUCAUUUGUCGAGCUUGGUUCAGACCUAAGCAAGUCUGGGAUCCUUGCCAAUGCGCAAAGCCUUCUGGACACAACCAAAGAGGUUUCUGAGGACUUUGCACGCUUGGAAUCCAAUGUCAAUGAGAGAUUUGAUUCCAUCCAGAGCUGUGUCCAGCAACUGGCCGAGUUCCGCUCUCGCUCUGGCUCCCUCCUCAGGUGGCUGCAGACAGUACAAGAGCAACUUCCUGCCAAAGAGCCCAACCUAAGCACAGAAAGCCUGCAGAGAAGAGCACAGCAGCUUAAAGAUCUACUCUCAGAAUGGGAGAACCAAGGAAGCCAAGUUCAGGAGUUGAACAAGACCAGUUCACAACUGGAGAACUUGAUUAUUAACAUCACAUCUCCCAAGAACAAGACUGGUGUUUCCCAGCUCAAUGGUGCUUCCAGCCCCAACAGUGUUAAUGGCAUUCACACCUGUAAAGACUUGACUGAGAUCCAAGUGGCAGUGGCAGAUGUGAACUGCAAGUAUGAACAGCUGGGCAGUGACCUGAGGGAAAGGAAGGGUAGGCAAGAGGCCUCUCUUGGCCUGCGGCAGAAGGCCAGGCAGGGCACCGAGGCUCUCAUCCAGUGGCUGGGCCCUCGUGAACAGAGUCUGGCACAAGGGCAGACUGCCUCACCUUCUCGGCCAGAGGCGGUGCGUGCUCAAGCCCAAGAAACCAAGGUUUUACUUACUGAGCUUGCCGACCAUUCUGGGAAAGUGGAGGAUCUGAAAAACAUUCUCAAUCAGCUAAUAACAGAUAAUCCAGACUCUCCUGAGGCUGAGACUUGGAAACGUCAGCUUGAAGACAUAGACACACGGUGGAUGAAAGCCAAUCAGACUGCAGCACAGAGGCAGACUGAAUUGGAGGCGUGUGCUGAUAGGCUGGGUAAUUUUGCUGCAGCAGCCAGUCAGCUAGGACCAUGGUUACGAGAGAAAGAGCUGAUGAUGAGCGUAUUAGGUCCACUGAGUAUCGACCCCAACAUGCUCAACACGCAGAAACAGCAAGUGCAGUUCAUGCUGCGUGAGUUUGAGACACGGCAACCCCAGUUUGACCAGCUGUCUCGUGCAGCAGAGGGAAUCCUCUCCCCAUCUGGAGAUGAGGGUUCUAGAGAUGGACAGGACCUAGAGGAGGUGAGGCAGGAGCUGGCAGACAUUUCACGGCAAUGGGAAGACCUCACCUCUCGUCUCACCGGCCGCUCGCAGCAGAUCGACCAAGCGCAGGGAACCAGUGAGCGCUACCUGGCCCUGCUCAGGGAGCUGUCUCAGAGCGUGGCCGAUCUAGGCGAGAGGCUGGAUGCACAGGCCUCUCUAAGCGCUCAGCCUGAAGCCCUGCGCCGUAGGCUUCAGGAAACUGGGGAGAUCCGUUCUGAGCUGGAACAGAGACGGGGUCAACUGGCCCAGGCUGAGCAGCUGUGUGCGGAGCUCAGCACAAUUGUGGCCGAACCGUAUCUUAGAGAUGAGUUACACAAGAGACUGGAGAGUGUGAGCGGCCCCCUCAAAAACCUAGAAGAACGGGCUGCUGAUGGCUUGUCCCAGCUGCAGGCCGCCCUGUCCAGCACUCAACAGUUCCAGCAGAUGUUUGACGAGCUUCGUGGCUGGUUGGACGGGCAGGCUGGGAAUCACACAGCUGGGGUUUCUGAAGCCCUUCCUUGCCAACCUGAUGCUCUAAAGACCCUUCUGGCCCAACAAGAGGAUCUCCAGCGAGCCAUAGCACAACAACGUGGAUCCUAUGAGCUCAUCCAGGCCGAGGGGGCAUCUCUACUGGCAUCCCUCCCCGCUGGAGAUGAGCGAUUAGCCCUACAGACUCGACUAAACACCUUACGGCAAGACUGGGAGGGCAUGAACCAACAAACCUCUAAUAAACACAGUCGAAUAAAAGAGGCACUGUCCCGUGCUGAGCUGUACCAACAACAUCGCAAUGAGCUCGUACCUUGGGUUGCAGAAUGUGAGGAAAGGGAGGCGGAGAUCCACCCAUCACUGGAUCCCGCCACCUUAGACGAGGCUUUGCAAAAGGCUAGACAGUUGAGUCUGGACUUGGAUCGUCGUCGCCCUCUCUUAGAUUCUCUGAACACGGCAGCAGAUCAGCUGCUGGAACAGAGCUGUACUGGUGAAGAGGAAGUGAGGGAUGAAAAAGCCCAGCUUAAUCGCAGGAUAGACGGUCUCUCUGAGCGACUACAGGGCCGCACAGCUCAGCUAGAAGAGUUGGGAGGCAGACUGAAGGAGUUUGAAGAUGGGAGACUGGCUGUGGAGAGAAGACUUGAGGCAGCCAAGCAUCAGAUCGAGGUUCAGGAGGCUCUUGGCCCGCAAGCUUGUAGCAACAAAAGCCUGGAGCGUCUGCGUAGCCAACAGGAACUGUUAAACUCUGUACAGCCACAGGUGUUGUACCUGCGAAAUCUGGCUCAGGGGCUGCUGCAGGAUGCGCCUGAGAUCUCCAGGGCUGGCGAAGAUGGUGGCCAGAGGCUGUUGCAGCAAGCUCGUGAUACGGAAAAAGAGUUUGAAGAAGUUACUGAGAAGACUGAGCAAUGCUGCUCAUCCUUGGAGUCCCGGUUGCAAGGUGUGGGAGAGGUCCAGUCACAUGUUCGAGAUGUUUUCUCCCGCCUGGCUGAUUUGGACGAUGAGUUGGACAGCCUUAGCCCUGUGGGACGGGAUGCUGACUCCUUGGCCUCACAGGCUGAUGCUGUCAGGGGCUUCCUGAGUCGACUCAAUGCCCUCCGUGCCGAGCUGGAGAGUCAUGGUGGAGAAUGCACGACUAUGCUCCGUAGAGAGGGGAGCUCACCUGAUCUUCUGGCCCUCAGGAGAGAGACCGAAGCCCUGAGCAGACAGGCAGGCAAGCUGGCAGAGCGAGGCCAGAACCGUCUGGCACUCAUAGAAGCAGCAGAAGAGCGUAUGAAGGAGUUGUACGGCCGUCUAGCUGACCUACAAGGGUUGCUGGGACGUGCAGAGGAGGUGCUGAACACACAGGCUGUCGUGGGGACAGAAGUGGAGGUCAUCAAACAGCAGCUUCAGGAAUUCAAGGCCGUAGAAAGGGAGCAGAUAGACAGCAUUCAGCCCAAACUGCAACAUGUCAACGCUGUGGGUCAAGGUCUUAUCCAGAGUGCAGCCAAACACACUGACACUCAGGCCCUGGAACAUGACUUGGAGACCACCAACCUGCGCUGGAACUCCCUCAACAAGAGGGUUGCUGAAAGAAUCGCACAGCUGCAGGAGGCCCUGUUGCACUGUGGGAAGUUCCAAGAUGCUCUGGAGCCACUCUUGAGCUGGCUGAGUGACACAGAGGAGCUCAUAGCCAAUCAGAAACCUCCAUCUGCUGAGUACCGUGUGGUGAAAGCACAAAUUCAGGAGCAGAAGCUGCUGCAACGGUUGCUGGAUGACCGCCGUGGGACGGUAGAGAUGAUCAGGGCAGAAGGAGAGCGUAUCGCUGCUACAGCCGAGACACAAGAUAGAGACAAAAUCCAGAAACAACUUGAGAGCCUAGGAGAGAGAUGGACAAAUCUGUUGGAAAAGGCCAGCGCCAGGCAGCGGCAACUAGAGGAGCUGCAGGGGUUGGCCCUGCAGUUCCACGAGGCAGUGGAGCCGCUCGGUGAGUGGUUGAGCACAACAGAGAGACGCCUGAGCUCCGCUGAGCCAAUGGGAACCCAGACCUCCAAAAUCACACAGCAGAUUGUAAGGCACAAGGCUCUCCAUGAGGACGUAUCCUCUCGGGAGAAUGAUGUAAACCAUCUUGAGACUCUCAGUCAAUCACUGCACCCGCUCAGCUGUGCGGCUGAUCGUAAUUGGCUGGGCGAACGUGUGGCGGCAGUGCGCAACGGGCACACGGAGCUGCGCGAUUGGUGCAGUCGGAGAGAGGUCAUGCUGGAACAGGCCCUGGCCAAUGCACAGCUAUUUGGAGAGGAAGAGGUGGAAGUCCUUAACUGGCUAGCUGAGGUGGCCCAGAGACUGGCCGAGGUCUCAGUGCAGAGUUAUCAGCCGGAGCUACUAGAGCAGCAACACAAACACACACUGGCUCUUAAUGAAGAGAUUAUCAGCAGGAAGAAGACAGUGGACCAGGCCAUUAAGAAUGGACAGGCUCUGCUUAAACAAACCACUGGUGAGGAGGUCCUGUUGAUUCAGGAGAAGCUAGAUGGCAUCAAAAGCCGCUAUGCAGAGAUGACAGCGGGCAGCAGCAAAGCCCUCCGUACUCUGGAACAGGCCCUUCAGUUGGCCACGCGAUUUGCUAGCUCACACGAUGACAUCAACCAAUGGUUGGAUAGUGUGGAGGCGGAGCUUAACAACAUUGAGCCAGACACAGCACCAGCCUAUCAGGACAGACAGAAGGAGCUGAAGUGCGUGUCUGCUGAGAAGAGGUUAGUUCUGGACACAGUGAACGAGGUGGGCAGUGCUUUACUGGAUCUGGUACCCUGGCGUGCACGAGAAGGCCUGGACCGCCUGGUCGCCGAUGCCAAUCAGCGUUACCGCCAAGCCGAUGAGACCAUCACACAGAGAGUGCAGUUAGUGCAGGCUGCCAUCCAAAGGUCACAGCAGUAUGAGGAGGCAGUCGAUGCAGAGCUGACCUGGGUCGGAGAGACCGAGAGGAAGUUGGCGUCUCUGGGGCCUCUGAGUCUGGAGCCUGAUGUGACUGUGGCUCAGCUCCAGGUGCAGAGAGCCUUUAACAUCGACAUCAUCCGUCACAAAGACACCGUGGACCAUCUCCUUAAGACACGAGAGGACAUCCUGGAGAGCUGCAGCGAACAACAAAGAGAGGCUUUGAAGGUGAAGACGGACUCUUUAAGUGCUCGUUAUGAAGCAGUAAAUCAGAGUCAUGCGGAGCGCUUCUCAGCUCUAGAGCAGGCUCAGGUGCUAGUAGCACGGUUCUGGGAAACGUAUGAGGAACUUGAACCCUGGCUGGGCGAGACAGAGACUCUGAUUACCCAGUUACCCCCUCCUGCCAUCGACACAGAAGCACUCAGACAACAGCAAGACCAGAUGAGGCUUCUGAGAGAGUCCAUCGCUGAGCAUAAGCCUCACAUAGAUAAACUGCUAAAGAUCGGCCCACAGCUGGCAGAACUGAGUGCCCAGGAAGGGGCAACAGUGAGACAACGUUAUAAUGAAGCAGAGAGACGUUACCUCAGCAUCAAAGAGGAGGUCAAAGGUCGAGCCACAGCACUGGAUGAAGCAGUGUCACAAUCUGUCCAGUUCCAUGAUAAGAUGGACCCUCUAUUGGAAACUUUGGAAAGUGCAGUCCAGCGCUUGCGGCAGCCUCCUCCAGUGGCGGCUGAGGUGGAGAAGAUCCGGGAGCAACUUGCGGAGCACAGGACAACAGGACUAGAACUGGACAAACUCCUUCCAUCUUUCAGUGCCCUGUGUGCCCGAGGAGAAGAGCUCAUCGGUCGCGCCCCACACGAUGAUCCUGCCGCCCAGGCGGUGCGUUCACGACUCUUGCGACUGCGCUCUCUGUGGGAUGAGAUCAGGCAGAGGGCAGAGGAGAAAGAAGGAAAGCUUCAGGACGUUCUAGAUCUCGCUGGAAAAUUCUGGGCUGACAUGGCCGCUCUGCUGAGCACACUCCGUGACUCUCAGGACAUUGUGAAAGAUCUGGAGGACCCAGGGGUGGAUCCUUCACUUAUAAAACAACAAAUAGAGGCAGCAGAGGCCAUUAAGGCAGAGACAGAUGGGCUGAGGGAAGAACUGGAGAUCGUACGAACACUUGGAGCGGACCUCAUCUUUGCCUGCGGAGAGACUGAGAAACCAGAGGUCAAGAAGACCAUCGAUGAGAUGAAUGCAGCCUGGGAAGGCUUGAACCGCACGUGGAGAGAGAGAAUGGAGAGACUGGAAGAGGCCAUGACCGCCUCUGUGCAGUACCAGGAUGCUCUUCAGGGCAUGUUUGACUACUUGGACAACGCUGUGAUCAAAUUGUGUGACAUGCCAGCUGUAGGGACAGACCUCAGCACUGUUAAACAACAGAUCGAGGAGCUCAAGCAAUAUAAAGUGGAAAUUUACCAGCAGCAGAUUGACAUGGAGAAGCUUUGCCACCAAGGAGAGCUGCUGCUCAGAAAAGUGAGCGACCAAACAGACAGAGACAUGAUUCAGGAGCCUCUCACUGAGCUACGCCACCUAUGGGACAACCUGGUGGACAAAAUCACUAUCAGACAGCACAAACUGGAGGGUGCGCUGUUGGCUCUAGGUCAGUUCCAGCAUGCUCUCUCUGAGCUGCAGUCUUGGCUCAGUCACACUCACGCCACAUUGGACACCCAACGACCCAUUAGCUCUGACCCCAAGGCCAUCGAAAUUGAGCUGGCUAAGCAUCAUGUUUUAAGAAACGACGUGCUGUCCCAUCGGGCUACAGUGGAGACGGUGAACAGAGCAGGCUCUGAGCUGCUGGAGUCCAGUCCUGGAGACGAAAUCAACCACCUGAGAGACCAGCUGGAUGAGCUCAACCGCAGCUGGAAGAACCUUCUGCUGAAGUCUGAUGAGAGGCAGAAGCUUUUGGAAGCUGCCCUGCAACAGGCGGAGGGUUUCCAUGGAGAGUUGGAGGAGUUUCUGCAGUGGCUCAGACGCACAGAGAGUCAGCUGUCCGCUGCCAAACCCACAGGUGGCCUGCCUGAGACCGCCAGAGAGCAGCUGCAGCAACACAUGGAGCUCCAGGCUCAGUUGACCCAGAGGAGUGAGCAGUACCAUCGGCUACUAGAUCAGGGAGAGUCCAUUCUGCUGGCCAGAGGCGGGGAGGAUGCUGGACCUGGUACCACCCAGACCCAACAGAACCUGGCCAUGCUACAGAACAAGUGGGCCAGUCUCAAUGCCAAAAUGGAUGACAGAAGGGGUAAACUGGAGGAAGCUGUCUCACUGGCGACAGGAUUCCAGACCUCCCUGCAGGACACCAUAAACUGGCUGACACAGGCAGAGCAGACUCUCAACAUGGCUCAGCCACCCAGCCUCAUUCUCGACACCGUCCUAUUCCAGAUAGAUGAGCACAAGGUGUUUGUGAAUGAGGUGAACACUCACAGAGAACAGGUUCUGGCUCUAGAGAAAGCUGGCUCUCAGCUGCGGUUUGCCAGUCUCAAACAGGAUGUGGUUCUCAUCAAGAACCUGCUGCUUAGUGUACAGGCCCGCUGGGACAAACUGGUGCAGAGAUCAUUAGACCGAGGACGCCACCUGGAUGAGGCCCGCAAGAGAGCCAAACAGUUUCAUGAGGCCUGGAGGAAACUGACAGACUGGUUGGAGGAAGCAGAGAGCAGGCUGGACUCUGAGCUGGAAAUCUCUAAUGAGCCUGACAAGAUUAAAGUCCAGCUGGCCAAACACAAGGAGUUCCAGAAGUCUCUUGGCUCCAAGCAGCCAGUGUACGACACCACAGUGCGCUCUGGGAAGGCCAUGAGAGAUAAGGCCACACUGCCUGCAGAUACACAAAAACUGGACCACUUGUUGGGCGAGGUCCGUGACAAAUGGGACACAGUUUGUGGAAAGAGCGUGGAGAGGCAACACAAGUUGGAGGAAGCCCUCUUGUUCUCAGGUCAGUUUGCUGAGGCUCUCCAGGCACUUGUUGAUUGGCUGUAUCGUGUGGAACCUCAGCUUGCAGAGGACCAGCCGGUCCAUGGAGAUCUGGAUCUGGUUUCCAACCUAAUGGAUUCCCAUAAGGUCUUCCAGAAAGAGCUGGGAAAAAGGACCGGUAGUGUGCAGGCUCUGAAGCGGUCUGCCCGAGAGCUGAUGGAGACAGGCCGGGACGACACAGCCUGGGUCAAAGUUCAACUGCAGGAGCUUAGCAACCGCUGGGAAACAGUCUGUGCCCUGUCUGUUUCCAAACAGACCCGGCUCCAACAGGCUCUCAAACAGGCAGAAGAGUUCCGCACAGCUGUUCAGAUGUUGCUGGAGUGGCUUUCGGAGGCGGAGCAAACAUUGCGUUUCCGUGGCGUCCUGCCAGAGGAGGUAGAGACUCUGCAGGCACUACUGCACACGCACCGGGAUUUCAUGCAGACGGUGGAGGAGAAGAGAGUGGAUGUGAAUAAAGCUGCUGGCAUGGGUGAAGCCAUCCUAGCUGUGUGCCACCCAGACUGCAUCACAACCAUCAAACACUGGAUCACCAUCAUCAGAGCUCGCUUUGAGGAGGUGCUGACGUGGGCCAAACAGCACGAGCAGCGCUUGGAGACGGCUCUGACUGAAUUGCUCAACAAUGCUACACUACUGGAGGAGCUGCUGUCAUGGCUACAGUGGGCGGAGACCACACUGGUGCAGCGUGAUACUGAACCACUCCCCCAGGACAUCCCUCAACUGAAGACACUAAUCACAGAGCAUCAAGUGUUUAUGGAAGAAAUGACCCGAAAACAACCUGAUGUUGACAAAGUGACAAAGACAUACAAGAGGAAACCAGCAGAACAUCCCAGCAGCCUUUCAGACAGGAGAGGGGCCCGAAAGCACCAGCAGCAGCAACAGCAGCACUCAGUACAGGUAACCAGUGGUAACCCUCGCCUCACGCAGCUCUGCUCCCGCUGGCAACAAGUGUGGCUGCUCGCCCUCGAUCGCCAGCGCAAGCUGAAUGAUGCUCUCGACAGACUAGAGGAGCUUAAAGAAUUUGCCAACUUUGACUUUGAUGUGUGGAGGAAGAAAUACAUGCGCUGGAUGAACCACAAGAAGUCUCGAGUCAUGGACUUCUUCCGACGCAUAGACAAGGACCAGGAUGGAAAGAUCACCCGCCAGGAGUUCAUAGAUGGCAUCUUGGCAUCAAAGUUCCCUACCAGCAAGCUGGAGAUGACAGCUGUUGCUGAUAUCUUUGACCGUGAUUGCGAUGGCUACAUCGACUAUUAUGAAUUUGUGGCUGCUUUGCACCCCAACAAAGAUGCUUACAGACCCACAACAGAUGCUGAUAAGAUCGAAGAUGAGGUCACCAGACAAGUGGCCCAGUGCAAGUGUGCCAAGAGGUUUCAGGUGGAGCAGAUUGGAGAGAACAAGUACAGGUUCUUCCUUGGGAAUCAGUUUGGAGACUCGCAGCAGCUGCGUCUUGUACGAAUCCUGCGCAGUACCGUCAUGGUCCGGGUUGGAGGAGGGUGGAUGGCGCUGGAUGAAUUCCUGGUGAAGAACGACCCUUGUCGAGUGCAACAUCCAGGACUUAAAAUCCUCCGUUCUGACUCCAGCAGCUCCAUAUCAUCUCGCAUAGCUCGUGGACGUACCAACCUGGAGCUUCGAGAAAAGUUCAUUCUUCCAGAGGGAGCUACGCAGGGUUUGGCGGCCUUCCGGUCCCGGGGUCGGCGAUCCAAACCUUCAUCGCGCACGGCUUCGCCCACCCGUUCAUCUUCAUCCGCGUCGCACAGUGCCCACAGCUGCGCCUCUCUACCCUCCGCACCCGCAACGCCUACAGCCUCCUCCAGGUCCUCCCAAUCCCAAUCUCGUGGCUAUGCCAAGCCCUGGCUGGCACACAGUAAAACUCCAACACCAACCAAGUGCCAGUCCUGCCCAGAGCACAGCCAGACCCCUGGGCAUGAGGGAGGCUCCACAUCUAAACUGAAAAGACCAACUUUCCAUUCCAGCCGUGGCUCCUUAACCGGUGAAAACGGUGGAACACCAACCGCUGCUAAACCUGGACGCUCCGACACCAAACGCACUCCGUCCUCAACGAGCGGCCCAGCCAGUCGAGCAGGGAGUCGCGCUGGAAGCCGAGCCAGCAGCCGAAGGGGCAGCGACGCUUCAGACACGUCUGAGCUCAUGGAGACACGCUCGGCUUGCUCCGAUACCUCCGACACCCCUCGCCGGCCUGGGGCCAAACCCUCCAAGAUCCCCACCAUCUCCAAGAAGGCCCCCAGCCCCAAAACACCAGCGAGCAAGAAAUGAAGCCUCCACCCUAUCAGUCCAAGUGACUGACUCUGAGGUGGUUGCGAUUUAACCAGCAGGAGGAGAACACCAACACCUUCCUCUCUCAAACGGCCAGCUCAGACGAAACAGGACCAGACUUAACCUCUCCAGCGUCCAGCACAGCCGCACACUGCUACACCACCCAGAUCAAUACCUACCAUAAUGCUGCCUUAUUUGUGUUCUACAUCAUGUCCUUAAUUUGACUGACAUUGCGUUUUCUUGAAUGUGCGAUGGAGAACAUCCUGUGGGAGCAGACAUAUCUACACAGACACUCGGGAGGGACGUCAGUUCUGCACCAGGGGAUUUCACUAUUCUUCGCUAUGAAUAUGCAACCGCCCGUCACUCUCCAAACCUCAUGCAUGGUUGUCACUUUGGUUGGACAAACCCACCCUUUUCAAGUGUUUGCAGACCAGUCUCGCCUGAGUGUCUGUGCCACCGCAAAUGAGAGGAAAUCAAUUAAAAACAGAGACAUUUUCCUCCUGGACACUUGGGACUUUUUGGACUCAUGUAUGUUUGUGCGUAUGUAUGUGUGGUAGUUCCUGUCAUGGUAAAUUAACGCAGUAAUACGGAGAGGAAGUGGAGGAGGAUACAUAUCUCUAGCCUUCCCACAGCGUGAAGAUUCUUGAAGACUGGAUCCUUCACGUCACACCUGAUCCUUUUAAAGGAACUCCUAUAGCGCACAGCACACAUUCGCGCCGACAGUCUUCUUUGCUGUGUGUCCACGCAGUCUAGUUGUGUCGUUUUGUUACAGACAUCAUGUUACAGAGCUUUUCCACAGUAUGCAAAAAUUAUUACAAUUGUGAAUGUUUGUUUCAUGGUUAAUUUAUAAUCCUGACAUGUUGUUUCUUUUCUAGAGUAAAGAGCUGUAUUUAUUUGUGAUUGCAGUAUCAUAUCAACUCUUAAGAAUUACUAGUAUUAACACAACCGGAAUCACUCUUGGUUUCGUUUUUUGUACAUCCGCUCCCGAUGUAAUGAAAUUCUCCGACUGAUGUUAUAACUGACCAGGAAGCUUACUGAUUCCAAUGGUGGCCUUUUUGCCGGUGACUACACACUUUAGAAGACGUCAAAAGUGGCUUCCUACUUGUUCUUUGGUGACGGAAGCACCUUAAAUAAUGAAUGAUGGGGGCAGCUCGCCUAGCCCCCAUUAAAAAUGGCGCUUUGAAUCUUGUCUUUGACAAGCUGAAGUAUAUGAAUACCUGAAGAAAGGUGAUUUUUAUUUAUUUAUUGUGUCAUUGGGAGGGAGGUGAGGGCUGUGAAAGGAUCCACCUUUUGAUUGUGUUACUCUUUUGACAUGACUGAGAGACAAAGGGGUGCAAUUGUGUAAAAGUAAAGAAGUUAUGAUUAUAAAUCCUUUUUGUUCUCUUUUGUAUUAAAACAAUGCUUGCAGUAAAACGGUCUGGUUUUGUGUUGUCCAGUGGCGUGUGUGUGUGUGCAUGCAGGGAUGCCACAGUUAACAGGAAAUGGCACAGUAAUUACAAGCAGUAGAGAUAAUGACACACCCCAUUAAAUCUUCAAAAAGGGACGAGGCUUUGGUGUGUGCAGAGAUUUGAACACGCUGUGCUUUUAUAGAAGAUUUACACAGUUGUUUGGGAAUUCAGAAAUGGCCCACGAGUGAAUAGA